AUGUGAUUAAUGAUAACAUUAAUUUGGAUGAUUAGUGUCUUUAACACUGUGAUUUAAUGUAGGUUGAGUCUCAGCAGGUAAUAGCAGAGUGCAGAGAGCAGAGCAGUGACAUUCCAAUUCCAAUUCCAAUUCUUCUCGUGAUUCCCGAACAUUCUCUUCAUUAUUCCACGCGCCACUCUCACACGUUCCACGCGCCUCCUCCUCAAUUCUUCCUAGGGUUUUCCCAACUGUGAAUGUACCUUUGCUCCGACAUUCACCACCGUUGCACAAUGUCCGGCCCGCUCGACCGUUUCGCCAGACCUUGCUUUGAGGGAUUCUACGGUAGUGAUGAGAGAAAAGAGAGGAAGUCUGAUUUUGAGAACUCUGAGGAUGAAAGGAGGACCAGAAUUGGAUCUCUCAAGAAGAAGGCCCUCAAUGCAUCUUCCAAGUUCAAGCACUCUUUGAAGAAAAAGAGCAGCAGGAGGAAAAGUGACGGGCGGGUUAGCUCUGUUUCCAUUGAGGAUGUUCGGGAUGUUGAGGAGUUGCAGGCUGUUGAUGCCUUUCGCCAAUCGUUGAUUAUCGAUGAAUUGCUUCCGGAAAGACAUGAUGAUUACCACAUCAUGUUAAGAUUUCUGAAAGCAAGGAAGUUUGAUGUUGAAAAAGCAAAGCAUAUGUGGGCCGAUAUGCUACGAUGGAGGAAGGAGUUUGGCGCCGACACUAUUAUGGAGGAUUUUGAGUUCAAAGAAUUAAGCGAAGUUGUAAAAUACUAUCCACAUGGCCAUCAUGGUGUUGAUAAGGAAGGAAGACCUGUUUACAUUGAAAGGCUUGGAAAAGUGGAUGCAAACAAACUUAUGGAAGCCACUACUAUGGAUAGAUAUGUAAAGUACCACGUACAAGAGUUUGAGAAAUCUUUUGCGAUAAAGUUUCCUGCCUGCACAAUUGCUGCCAAAAGGCACAUAGAAUCGAGCACUACGAUCUUAGAUGUUCAAGGCGUGGGCCUUAAGAACUUUUCAAAGUCUGCCCGGGAACUCAUGAUGCGAUUACAAAAAAUUGAUGGCGACAAUUACCCUGAGACUCUCUGCCAAAUGUUUAUCAUAAAUGCUGGCCAUGGGUUUAGGUUGCUGUGGAACACUGUCAAGUCUUUUCUUGAUCCUAAAACAACUUCAAAGAUUCAUGUUCUUGGAAACAAGUACCAAAGCAAACUGCUCGAAAUAAUCGAUUCCAGUGAGUUGCCAGAGUUUCUUGGAGGAACCUGUACCUGUGCAGAUCAGGGAGGUUGCCUCAGAUCCGAUAAAGGGCCCUGGAAAAACCCUGAAAUCUUGAAGAUAAUUCUCAGUGGUGAAGCAAGGCGGGCAAGGCAGGUAGUAAAAGUUCUAAACAGUGAAGGAAAGGUUAUUGCAUAUGCAAAACCGCGUUGCCCAAUGAUAAAAGGCAGUGAUACAUCAACAGCUGAAUCAGGGUCUGAAACUGAAGAUAUAGCUUCUCCGAAAACAAUGAAGAGUUACUCGCACCUUAGGUUGACCCCUGUUCGUGAGGAAGCUAAGGUUGUUGGAAAGUCAAACUAUGCUGGUAGUGGCAACUUGGCAGGGUAUGACGAAUACAUUCCGAUGGUGGACAAAGCCGUUGAUGCUGGCUGGAAGAAGCAAGCAUUACUCCAGAUCCAGAGGUCUCAUAGUACAAAAGGAACACCUCCCCUUCCUGACACUCCAAAGGCUCCAGAAGGGAUUCAAGCUCGGAUUUGGGUAGCCGUGACCUUUUUCUUUUUAACCCUGUGGACUCUCUUCCUCUCAGUUGCAUGUCGUGUGACCAAGAAACUCCCUACAGUAUCAUCUACUGAUUAUCUGAGAACUUCAGAGCCAACUCUUGAUACAACAAAUAAGGAAGACUCUGGUUCUUCUUCACUGACUGCAGCACAUACUGAGGCAGAUCUCCUAUCCUCCAUGAUGAAAAGGUUAGGUGAGCUUGAAGAGAAGGUUGAAACUCUCCAAUCUAAGCCAUCGGAGAUGCCUAAUGAGAAAGAGGAAUUGCUAAAUGCUGCUGUCUGCCGGGUGGAUGCUUUGGAAGCAGAGCUAAUUGCAACUAAAAAGGCUCUCUAUGGAGCUUUAAUGAGGCAAGAAGAGCUGCUUGCUUACAUUGAUCGCCAAGAAGAAGCUAAGCUACGGGUAAGUUGUCACAUGUAUCUUUAGAACACAAUUAAAACCUUAUGGACAUUGUUCGAAUUCUUGAUAUCUGUUUGCUAAUCAGAAAAAGAAGUUUUGCUGGUGACUUCUGUUGCUGCUGAUAGAAAGAGAGAUUCUGGAGGAGGAUGUUUUCCAAACCACGUUGUUUCUAUGGCGAGUUGACCUUGCAGUGAUGUAAAAUCUGAACACUGAUUUUUAAUAUACGGGGUAAACUUUGAUAAAUUGUUUCAAGCUUGUGUGUAGCUAGAAUGGCUUACCUAUUGCUAACGCACAAGACUUUUUUUCUCCCUAGCUUUAUUGUUUUUGCUGUGACCACAUUUGUUAAUUGUUGUAUUUGGUGUGAUUAGUUGUUAAUUAGUAAAGCGUUUGUUCUUCUGA